GCUGAUGCUCCUUCGGGACUUCAUAACACCCCUUGUUUUCAUCAUCGUAUCACGUUUUUCUUCAAUCAAGCUUCGUCCACGACACCUCAGGCCUUGACUCGGUCAUUAGAUCAUUGCUAUUCCCACUGGUCGUGACAAUGACAUGAGAUUCGAUAGAGCGGGCGUCUGCGUAUCGCACAUUGCACCGCCGGCAUUGCCAGUUGUUAUCCCUGAGCUUCAAUAGGAACCUUCACUUGGGCCUUCUGGCGCUUCAGAGUACAUCGAAUUCAAACCACCGCCCUUCAUCACAACCUCGCCGUCAUGGAACAAGGAACUCCAAGCAUAACCGGGAGUGAGACUCCUAGUAAAAAGGGGAAGGUCGCACUCCCAGCGAGUUGCGAUCCACCACAGCCUGGCGUACCACGGAAGCCCCUAGUUUGGAUCGUCUUCGGCGGCACCGGCCAAAUUGGCCGUUCCCUGGUCAAGAGCUGCCUCAACCACGGCGACUUCGUCACCAUCGUAGGCCGCAUCUUCGAGUCCACGCGGGAGCAGAUGGCUGCGGCGCACCUGCACCACCCGCAAGCAGAGAACGCCUUCGGCACUCUGUGCGACGUGCGCGACUACGCCUCGGUCAACCGGGUCAUUGACCAGACGCUCGACCGGUUCGGGCGCAUCGACUGCAUCGCCAACUGCUCCGGCUACGGCGUCAUCGGCGCGUGCGAGGAUCAGGACGAGCACGAGAUCCGCAACCAGUUCGAGACGAACUUUAUGGGCACCGUGCACAUCAUCCAGGCCAGCCUGCCCUAUUUCCGCGAGUUAGGGCACGGCGGGCGGUACAUCAUUUUCAGCUCUACGUCUGGGGCGCUAGGCGUGCCGGGUCUGGGACCCUAUUGUGCGACCAAGUAUGCGGUGGAAGGUCUGAUUGAGGCGAUGCUUUACGAGGUCGACGCGUUCAACAUCAAGGCCACCCUCGUCGAACCGGGGUUGGUAAGGAGGGACGAGGCUGAUACAUCUAUGGUGCCCCGCUGGGGCCAUUUCUUGAUCAAGCCGGCCAGUGAACCGUACUCACAUGCGACGUCGCCGGCGCUGCAUGCGAAAAGGAUGGUGCAGUGGUUGGGCGAUAAGCAGCCGACCAGUGCCCAGAAGUGCGCGGACUUGGUGUGGCAGCUGGGCCACUGCUCGUACCCGCCGCUGAGGCUGCUGUUGGGUAGUUAUGCGAUUGAGAGUAUCCGGGACCGGUUGCGGUCAGUAACGGAGGAGCUGGAGGACUGGAAGCACCUGCAUUUUCCGGUGGCGCCGGAGCCGGGGAGUAGCGGGGAGAAUAGGGGCGAGGACGGCGAAAACAAGGGGAGUGAUAACGUCGACAGAGACCAGGACAUGGAGAUGGAGGUUGAGACGUCUCCUACUAGCACCAAGGAAUGAUCACCCUGAAACAUUGGACGACAAGACGCUUCCUGCCCGCUCCAAAGUUGCCGGCUGCAGCCUGCAGGCACCAUAUAACGUCUCUCAUCUGACCCCUUCACCACAACGGGCUCUGCUGUGCUGGUCUCAUGGCGCAGUGGUUCCGUUCCGUUGAUGAAAACAUUGCCGGGUGCGCGGUACUCGUGGCAUGGUUUUCGUACGUUGCAGCUGGAGCAUUGUGGUUCGUUCCACUAGCUUACCUGGGCGACCGAGCUUUUUGCGAUUUCCAUCGAAUAGCGGGAUGGCUGGAGAUAAAGCAUUUGGGUGUUUGCAUUUUUCUUCUUCCUUUUUUUUUGAAUUUUUGAAGGAGGCUUUUGUUGAUCGCAGUAGGGAAGAUGCGCAUCAUCAGUCUCAGGUUCAGAACACAACGAAGACGCGCUACGCAGACAUGGCAUUGAAGCAGGCCAGAACAUGCUUAUAGGGGAGAAUAAUGGAGUGAUUCAAUGAUAUAUCAACACCCGCUCCUUCUGGCAAUUGCCCGCGUGAAGCGUAAAUCGCCUCUCAAUCCGCUCCCCACAUCUGGGCGUAAAUGCAUGCUACCGUCUUCUAAAUCAAUCAUCCCUUUUCCUUUCCCGCUUCCUUUAACCCCCUCUCCCAACCUUACAUGCCCUACCUAACACUCUCCCCAUCUAUCCUCACCCUCCGUACCAAUCCAUCGUUGUUAUCCUUUACCCUCACCUUUAUCACCACUCUUAGCUCCCUCACCAGCCUCCGCAGUGGUUUCCACGGUAGCCUUGUCAGUCGUCAUUGGCACUGGUCCUGCCCCUGCUACUGAGUGCCAGUACCCUUUUCAGCCUCUUCCUUCAUCUUCUGCUUCUCGGCGGCCUCGGCCUUGGCCUUUCUCUCCGCUUCGUGCAUUUUUUUCUUCUCAGCCUCCCACUGGUCCUUGUCCAUCUUGCUUUGAAGCAGCCUCAUUGAUCUCUCCAGCUCCUCUUCUUGCUUACCGCUGAGUUUUUGGCCGACGGAUUCGUGCUUUGGGGGAGGCUUGUUGUCCAUUUGGUGGAUGACAGGAGGAGAUGAUCUAUAAUGUGUUAUGUGGUGAUGGUGGUGGUGGUCUUGAUAUUCUCUGAGUAUGCGUGGGCUUCGUCGACUGACCCGCUGACCUGCUGUUGGAGGAAGAGAAGAGGUGAGAAGUGAGGGAUGGUCUUGCGAAGGGAUUCUGUAUAGUUGUUGGGUUGACAGUACCUUGACUGGAUGUAAACGCAAGGGUCGCCUAUGGUUUCGUAUCCGUUUUUGGGUCACAGUUGCUUGUUUUGUUCUGUCUCGAGACGGCUCCGCGGAGAUGGGUUGUAAGUGAUGAGCAAGGUACGGUAGGCGGGUACAGGGAUGUCAUUGGAUUCGCGUCAUUGAGACGAAGUAAUUCUAAUGAUGGGCGAAAUGCUGGAUUUGUGGCUUGGAGGAGAGUAAAGGAGUGGCGGGCCACCAGGCCAGGUCUAAAUACUGCCAAAACGGAAAACUGGAUUGGG